UCUCGCCUCCUCCGGCGGCUUCCGGCGCGGCCCCUGCAGAUCUGUAGCGACCAAAUCAUGGACCGUAACCCCUCGCCACCGCCGACGCCGCCCAGGGACGAGGACGAGGAGGAGGGGGCCGGGGGAGACUGCAUAGGGAGCACGGUGUACAGCAAGCACUGGCUCUUCGGCGUCCUCAGCGGGCUCAUCCAGAUGGUUAGCCCUGAAAACACCAAAUCCAGCUCAGAUGAUGAGGAGCAGCAGAUGGAGCUUGAUGAAGAAAUGGAGAAUGAGAUUUGCAGAGUAUGGGAUAUGUCAAUGGAUGAGGAUGUGGCUUUAUUUCUCCAAGAAUUUAAUGCUCCUGACAUAUUUAUGGGUGUAUUGGCCAAAUCCAAAUGUCCUCGAUUAAGAGAAAUCUGUGUGGGAAUUUUAGGUAAUAUGGCCUGUUUCCAGGAGAUAUGUGUGUCCAUCAGCCGUGAUAAAAAUCUUGGCCAGGUAUUAUUGCACUGUUUGUAUGAUUCAGACCCUCCUACUUUGCUGGAAACAAGCAGAUUGUUGCUUACAUGCCUUUCUCAGACAGAAGUGGCCAGUGUCUGGGUUGGAAGAAUCCAGGAACAUCCAGCUAUUUAUGAUAGCAUUUGCUUCAUCAUGUCAAGUUCAACAAAUGUUGACUUGCUGGUGAAGGUGGGGGAGGUUGUAGACAAGCUCUUUGAUUUGGAUGAGAAGCUGAUGUUGGAAUGGAUUAGAAAUGGGGCCGUUCAGCCUCAGGGCCAACCCCAGGAAGAUUCUGAAGAUCAACGAGUGUUUAGAAUUGUGCCCUGUGUGCUUGAAGCUGCCAAACAAGUACGUUCUGAAAAUCUGGAAGGACUCGAUGUUUACAUGCACAUCUUACAGCUACUUACUACAGUAGAUGAUGGAAUGCAAGCAAUUGUACAGUGUCCUGAUACUGGAAAAGACACUUGGAAUUUACUUUUUGACCUAGUCUGCCAUGAAUUCUGCCAGUCUGAUGAUCCACCCAUCAUACUUCAAGAACAGAAAACAGUGCUGGCCUCUAUUUUUUCAGUAUUGUCUGCCAUCUAUGCUUCAAAGGUUGAACAGGAGUAUCUAAAGGUAGAAAAAGUAAAUCUUUCUCUAAUAGACAGCCUGAUUCGUGUCUUACAAAAUGUGGAACAUUGUCAGAAGAAACCAGAGAAUUCGGCAGAGUCUAACACAGAAGAAACUAAAAAGUUUGAUUUAACCCAAGAUUAUUUCCACUUGGAAAUCUUAAAGGAUAUUUCGUGUGAAUUUCUUUCUAAUAUUUUUCAGGCAUUAACAAAGGAAACUGUAACUAAGGGACUAAAGGAGGGCCAGUUAAGCAAGCAGAAGUGUUCCUGUGCAUUUCAAAACCUUCUUCCUUCCUAUAGCCCUGUGGUGGAAGACUUUCUUAAAAUCCUAUAUGAAGUUGAUAAGACCCUUGCUGGUGACCUAGAAGAAAGCUUCCCAAGUUUAAAGGUUCAGACUUAAAAACUGAAUUGUAAUUCCCUCUGCCAAAGAAGUAAACUUUAUUUUUGUUACUGACAGUUGAAAUUGAUGUAUAGGAACUAUUAGAUAAAACCUGUAUAAGACCAUA